CACUCAAUUAAAUCAAUCAGUCUUCAAAAUGGCGUUGGUCACGUCGUUCGUGUCCGUCGCUAUAUCUAUAUUGUACACGCCGUUCUUACUUUUAAUACUGUGCAUAAUAUUUCUCGCAUCAAUCGGAAAAUCUUUAGGCGUAAGGAGGUUAUAUGUGAACAUACUGUUGAAACUUUUCGAGUAUGGCAGACAACACAUUGAAGUCGCAAAGAAAAUACAAAGGACAGACAGUUCAGACGAGGAGGAGGUACCACCGGUGCCCGACGAUAAGCCACCGUCGGCCAUCAUCAAGGAGAAUGGUGUUAACGGCACUAAGAUGACAGUGAUAGAACGCGCGGAGAUCCUUGGACCUUCGCCGGAGCUGAACUACAAGAGGAGCACCAGCCAGGAGCGCGUGCAGAACGGCCACAGGACUCCUCAGGGGAACGGAGAGAACAACAUAGAGUUCCACUUAUCGAACUGCCUGGACCUGGUGAAGGCCGGCAUGGAGUCCAUCAUCGAGGACCAGGUCACCUCCGUCUUCGAGGCCGAGGAGUUGAGGAGCUGGAACCUCUUGACCAGGACUAAUAGACAAUACGAGUUCUUAACGUGGCGCCUCACGAUCAUAUGGGCGAUGGGAUUCGUAGUACGAUACAUGUUCCUGUUGCCGCUCAGGAUAAUGAUCUUCAUUAUUGGGGUAUUAGUAAUGGUGUUAUCAACUUGGGUCGUGAGUCUGGUCCCGUUUCCGCGACUCCGCGCGAUACUCGGCCGCGCGUCCUACAAGACCAGCAUCCGCGUAUUAAUACGCGGCAUAUCGGUCAGCGCGAGGUUCCACGACGAACAAUACGCUCCGAAGUCGAACGGAUUCUGCGUAGCGAACCAUACGAGCCCGAUCGAUGUCGGAGUGUUGAGCGUCAAUACUUGCUUCUCAUUGAUCGGCCAAAGACACGACGGUUUCCUAGGUAUACUACAGAGGGCGCUCGCUAGGGCCUCGCCCCACAUUUGGUUCGAGAGGUCAGAGGUCAAGGACAGGCACGCUGUCGCGAGGAGAUUAAAAGAGCACAUAUCAGUUCCUGACAACCCGCCGAUCCUGAUCUUCCCCGAAGGCACCUGCAUCAACAACACGUCUGUGAUGCAGUUCAAGAAGGGCAGCUUCGAGGUCGGCGGGACUAUAUACCCUGUGGCUAUCAAAUACGACCCCCGCUUCGGCGAUGCGUUCUGGAACAGUUCCCGUUACGGCAUGUUGCACUACCUGCUCAACAUGAUGACGUCAUGGGCCAUCGUCUGUGACGUGUGGUACAUGCCGGCCAUGACGCGGGCCGCCGACGAGUCCGCCGUAGACUUCGCUAACAGAGUGAAGGCGGUCAUAGCCAGGCGAGGAGGACUUGUCGACUUAAUGUGGGACGGCCAACUGAAACGCAUGAAACCCAAGAAGGAAUGGCGGGAAUUACAACAGGAAGAGAUCAGUAAACGUCUGAAGGGAGAGUAGCGCUGUGUGGCGCGACGGAACUGACUGAUGCCUGACGGUUUGACGUCAGGCGAGUGAUACCCGGUUUGAUAGUUUGAUGUAGGUCCGUAUUGUUUGUGAUGAAAUGUCGGUGGAUCAUGUCAGGUUUAACAAAAUUAUAUAAUGGAUUUUUUUUGACGGAUUCUGUUGUGGAUAAUGUUGCAUUUUUUUGGUGAUGAUGGCUUGUUAUGAGAUUGAAUUGGUAAGUUUUGGAUUUUUUGUUGCCAAUGUUAUAAAAAAAACAGGUUUUUGUUAGUUCUAGACUAUUCUAGAGCUUCUUCUGUGGUGAUAAGUGAAAAUUUCCUCCCAAAUAGAUUUUUUGUUAUUAUCAAAAUGUAAGUAGUCUAUGCCUAUACAACAGUUAAACAAAAAUUAAUAGUUUUAAAAUGUAUGUAUGUCUAUGAUAUGACCAUAAUUGUUUUAUCUUGUAAAUCUGAUAUUGUCUAUGGACUUUUGUCGCUGACUGUACUACCCGACAUUGUAGGGCUACCCUGCGAGUAAAGUUUUAAACCAAUUUAUCACAAAAUGGAGUAAAUUUUACUCAAAUUUGAAGCUAAUGGAUCAAAGAUUUACUUUUAGAUACUAAGUUGCCGGGUUCACUGACCGAUGGUUCAAAUUUAUUCAUUGCAUUGAUAAAAAUAGUAUUUUAUUUACAGUGCAUAUGUAUUUGUGACACUACCUAUACUUAUUUUGCAAAAAAAUAAUAAAAAAGUCAACAUGAAGUUAUUUUUCAAGCUUUGGAAAAACAAUUGUUUUUUUUCGUGUAGUCUACGGACUUUAAAAAAAAAGCAGGGAAGCUCUAUGAUUGUCUACGAUUGUAGUUAGUUGUAUAUAGUUUUUAUUUCAACUAUUUAUUAAUUCGAAUGAACGAAGAAUUUUUGUAUUUUAAACGAUUGUGUAUUUAAUAUGACAUGUCUUUGGUAUAAUAUUUUGUUCGCCAUAGUCAUAUUAAUGUGAUCAAGAUGAAAUUACCAGGAAUCCUCAUGGACACCCGCUCCCUCGGGGGAGGAAAUGGUCAGUGUCAGACUCUUACUGACUAAACCUGAACCGGCGUGCUACGUCAUCCGCGUUUUUGUGUUGGUGUAUGGCAAUACGUUGACCAUGAUCUCGGCAACACUUUUGAAAAUAAGACUUGUAAUUGCGUAAGGUCUGAAUACCGGAACGAAAAAAUAUAUCUUUUAAAAAGCUCGACUUACAAAGUCCCUACUGUGCAUGCCUUAAUAAAAUGAUGUAACGGUUUACUCACG